CAUCGUCAUCAUGUCGUUUGUGGGCGAGCUGCUGCUGAACCUCUUCGGCCCCGCCCUGCUGAAGGCGGCCCACGUCACCGACAUCGGCAGCGACUACAGCGACGACGACCUCGAGGGGGAGGCCGCCCCGCCGCGGGACAGCAAGCCCAGCCCCGAGGAGAGCCGCGCCAGGGCCCGGCCGCACCUCUUCAGCGUGGACGUGGCGGCGGAGUGGGAGGCCAUGAGCGACAACGGCAUGUUCAGCACGUGGCAGGAAGUGAAGCCCAACGGCGACGCCGGCGAGAUGAAGGCGGGCACCAUCUGCGAGCCGAAAAUAUUGCCUCGCUCGGCGAUGGUCUGUACUAGGAAAGAUCCCAUGGGCGGCCGCUCCGGCCACCUGCUGGAGACCAUCCUCGAGUCCCCGAGGAUUGGGAGUUCCCCACGGAUUCUGGACGCGCGGAAGUUGAUGGUCCGCUCGCACACGGACGAGGAGUUGAAGUUCCCGGCUCUCUGACGCGGAACUCUCUUGGUGCAUUCGCCAGGUGGAGUUUCCCUUUCCUUUGCCUGCCUGCCCCUGCCGAUCCUCAACUGGUUCGUGGUCUCUGUCUUCCUCCUCUUUGCCAUUAUGAUUUAGUCGUGCGAGUCCCUCUACAGGAGGAAUCUUCAAAAAUGGUCA